AUGUCAGAACCUGUAGAACUACGUCCGGUGACUUUCCACCCGGAAGUUUUGGCGAGAAUUGCACCAGACUUGUACAUGCAAAGACACUUGUCAUUGGGAUUACGACCAAGUUUGCGGGCCUUUGAAGAGUUCAGAAACGUUGAAAUAAGCGAUGGGAGGCUGUCUUGUGCAUCCGAAGACAGUAUUAACGUGGUGGGAAACAAUAUUCUGGGUUCCAACGUCCUAAAAAGUGGGAAAACCAUGGUGAUAACGUCUAUCACGGGAGGAAUAGUCGAGGAUAUAGUUCCUGCAAAAGCGGAAGAAGAUGAAUUCACAGACUCUUUAGAAGUAACAAACCGCGUUUCCCAGUUUGGAAGUGUUUACCCAGUCGUGGAGGUCGAGAGAGGCCGUGUAGGAGCUCCCACAGACGAAGAAAUGACCUUAUCCCAGAGACUUUACAACUGCAUCUUGCACUCUGGAUUAAUACCCAAGAAAUCGCUUGACGUGGAAGUGGGUAUCAGGUCCACGAAUUCCGAGGGAAAAUCUAACGUAUUGUACCCUGAUGAAGAAAACAACUCUAGCGCGGUAGAAACACUUUUCAGAUCGAAAAGAAAAUGGUCCUACACACUAUAUGCUAAGAUUCAAGUUUUCAGUCGAGAUGGGCCCCUUUUCGAACUAUGCUGGAACUCGCUGCUUUAUGCUCUGGCUAAUACCAAGCUUCCCAGGGCUUUUGUAGAUGAGCGCACAACGGACCUCAAAAUUCCAAUCAGUAUGAGAGGACGCAGUGCUGUUAUCCGAGAAACAUUCGACAUCAUUUGUGAUCCAACCACUUUUGUACCUUUGAGUCUCGAUACCGUGAAUAAAGCCUUUGCAUCGAAUUUUGGUGUUCUUGAAAUAGACCCAGAAGCUCAAUUGCCAAAGGACGAUGACGACAUGCAAGAAGACUUGCCUGGCUCCGUGCUCCUGGCUGAUGUACAAGGAGAAUCUGAAGAAGCGUCUGUGACUUCCACGAUAUCUGUGCUCACGAAUGCUGAUGGGAACAUAAAGCACUUUAGAGCUGUUGGGGGCUCUUCGAAGAAUACAUUAGAAAUGAUACAGCGUUCUAUUAAGUUGGCAAAACUGCGAGCACUUGAUUUGAAGGGUAAGUAA